ACAACCUCCACAGCCGCUGUCAAGAGAGCAGCUGAGACGAGCAGACAAAACGAACAAAUGAACUACUUUCCUCAGAGUGACUUAAAUUUUAAUUACGCGAUGGGCUAUUAACAAGGGCCGCAACAGUUUGGGUGGUUGUUUCACCUCGAGUUCAAGUGGUCCGUAACACAGCCGCGGAUGUCAUCAGUGUCCUCUGCGAAUGAAUCUGAAGCUGUCCUGAGUUGGUAGUAGGCAUCCUUCACCUUGGCAUCCAGAUGGUUGACUGUUGUUCCCGCUGGUAUAUCGGUCCACAUACUGUAGAAGGUUAAGUUGUGAAGUGAUAUAAUGUAUCAAGUAGAGGAUGUCUGAAAGCAUCACAUUUUGUGAAUUUUUUUUCUGAAUGGAAUAAUUCGAUUAACUCUGAAUGAGCUGUUGCACCCCGUUCAAGAAAAUCCAGUACGAGUUUGACAUUGACAAAUUUAUGACAUCCAGGACCUAGUUGGCCACUAGAGUAACUUCCCCCUCAGCCACAGCGGGGGUGAUCACGAAACUUCAGCGCUCCCCCACACACAUCAAGGAGGACGUGGAGGAGAUUGCCGUCAGCAAGUUACCACUAACUAGCGUCUCUGUGGAGAGUAGAGAAGCCAAGUUGAGACACUGUGAAGAACACCACUAGACACCCUCUUAGCUCCUAUGCCAGACGGUGACGACAUGGAAGAACCUUUGAGGAGCAACGCAGAAUGUGAAGACGUCCAGCAGCUGAUUGGUCGUGAGGAAGAAUUUCGCCCUCGGCUGCAGUGGGGGAACUCCAAUUUGGACCAGGAGGAUCCACAGUUCAUCCGUGUUAAAGCAGAAGUGGAGGCUCCACAGCCGUCUCACAUUAAGGUGGAAGAAGAGGAGGCUGUCGUCAGCAAGUUGCCACUGACAGGUGUCUCUGUGAAAAGCGAGGACGAACAACCGGAGUGGUCACAAAUGCAUCAUCAAAGUCCAAGUGGAGACCAAUGUGAACGACCACUAUCAGAAAACGUCUUAGCUCCGUUAUCAGAGAGUGAUGACAUGGAAGGACCUUUGAGGAGCAAUGCAGACUGUGAAGCUGACGACAAACAUAGGAAAUGCUCUGAAAAACAAAGACAUUUUGGCCACAAGGAAACUUCACAAAUGCGUAAGAAAUGUGUUACCUGCUCAGUUUGUGGUAAAGGUUUUACGAAAAAAUCAACAUUGAAUAGACACAUGAGAACACACACAGGAGAAAAACCCUUUAGUUGCUCGGUUUGUGGUACAGCAUUCUCUAGAAAACAAACUAUGGUCACACAUAUGAGAACACACACUGGAGAAACCCCCUUUUGUUGCUCAGUUUGUGGUAAAAGUUGUGUGACAAAACAAACUUUGACAACGCACAUGAGAACGCACACUGGAGAAAAACCUUAUAGUUGCACCUUUUGUGGUAAAGAAUUUGCUCGAAGUGGACCAAUGCUAAGACACAUGAGAAUCCACACAGGAGAAAAGCCCUUUAGUUGCUCAGUUUGCAGUAAAACAUUCUCUCAAAAGGGAAGUAUGCAAGCGCACAUGAGAACACACACAGGAGAAAAACCCUUUUGUUGCUCAACUUGUGGCAAAACAUUCUCUCAAAAGGAAAACAUGGUAACACACAUGAGAACACACACAGGAGAAAAACCGUUUAGUUGCUCAGUUUGCGGUAAAACAUUCUCUCAAAAAGGAAGUAUGGAAUCACACAUGAGAGGACACACAGGUGUAAAACCCUUUACUUGCUUAACUUGUAGUAAAGUCUUUUCUAAAAAGCCACAUCUGGUAUCACACAUGAGAACACACACGGGAGAAAAACCCUUUAGUUGCUCGUUGUGUGGUGAACGCUAUGCUCACAGGGCCAGUUUGACUGACCACAAGCGGAAACACAACACAGAGAGAGAAUAAAUGUAUUCCUGCCCAGUUGUUCUCAGGGCUUCAACUAAAAAGUGAUGAGUGGCUGAGUGUGUGACACGAGAUCAGGGCAUCUUUAAUAUCUUAUUCAAGAGGGAAGAUAAAUAAAUGGGAUAAAAUUCCUAUCUUUGUUUGUUUUUGGUUUUUUUUUGUCCCAGAAUGUCAACAUCAGGUUAAAAGGUGCUGCCUCCCAUAAAAAGCUACAACAGGCAUUUGUAUCAGACAAAACCAGGGCUGCUUUAUGAACUCAUGCGAAACAACUUUGUCUUAAAAGCAUUUAAUAUUGUCUUACUCUUAUUCAAUGUGAGCGGACCUUUUGCUCAU